AUGUUAUGUAGGGAAGAACUUCCAUUAAUCUUACGCCGUUUCAACACCAUUCUCUACCCUUUCAUUACGCAGUUUAAUUGGGAAUUUUACCGAACCCUUCAACACAUGAAAGCCAUCAUCGUGGGCUCUUGUGCUCUAGACAUGAUGCUCGGAACGAGGAAUACACCACCAAGAGAUCUCAAUAUCGUGGUCCCGCACGGAUCUUUAACUCUGAUGGAAACGUUCAUUCAAAAUGUCCUAUCGUAUCACUCAAUCGCAGCUGUAUGUCAUCCUUCGUUGUCCCUUGUCGUACACGAUUUUCGCAAAUAUGGACGUCACAGAAAGAUCAUCACUGUUUCCAAACCUAAACAUCUUAUGCACCCACUGCACGUCGUUUUGAACAGCCCCUCGACAUCAGACAUGACGUUUAUCACUGCUGGCGGUGGAGUAUCAUUUUUUUCAGACUUGACCAGGGAAUAUCACACAUUAAAGACGAUGAGUGGAGAAGGUGUUCUGACGGGACAGAAGCUAGGAAGUAUUGGAAAGGAAAGAUUUGAUGUCCAUGUUGACACGUCCUUCCUCAACGGUCCUUGUCAUCAUUUGUGUCCUGCACUCUGGCGCCACUUGUCCAACCGCAAAGAAUAUGUUACCGUCGAUUGGGACCAGCGCUUUUCAGUGAAAUCCAUACUCUACGACAACGACAUUGAGUGGUGUCUCAAUGAUUACUGUUUCAAUCGAAAAUGUCUUUAUAAUGUCGAUGUCAUGAUCAACAACUGCGAUAUUCCGCCGAGGAUCAUGCCCUAUAGUCUGGAGAGCGUCAGACAACAGUCAAAGUUCAUCAAGAACCAUGAACCGAUGUAUGAAAGAAUGUUCAAAGGCCUGUUAUAUGCCACAGCAUGCACAGAACCUUUGAUCGUCGAUGUACCUCUUCAAGAUGGAGUAGAUCAGCUCGGUACCCUCGACGAGCUGGAAGUAAACUAUUGGGUACGUCAGCGUGACGUCAUGGUUUGCUCUGCAUCGAGGAAACAACACCGAAGAACAUUCGAUACUUUUCCAAACUCUUCGACUCAGCCGGACGACAUUUAUACAGUAUUCCUCGAACAGAACAAUGACUAUGUGGCACCUAAUGCUCUGCUGGAAGACAUAGCGCCCAACAUUGAGCCAGAGAGGGGGCUCGAAGGUAACAUAUUGGUAAUCAAACAACGCUGA